AGAGGCACGUAAUUGAGAAGAAACAUGGUCGUCCGUCAGUACCAGGAAGAAUUGAAGUAUUUAGAAAAAAUCAAUGACUACUGCUGGAGAAUCAAAAAGGGGUUUCAGCCAAAUAUGAAUGUCGAAGGUAUAUUUUAUGUGAACAAUACCCUGGAACGUCUAAUGCUAGAAGAAUUACGCAAUUCCUGCCGACCUGGUAUGGUUGGUGGAUUUCUACCAGGAGUAAAGCAAAUCGCCAAUGUGGCAGCUUUACCUGGCAUUGUAGGGAGAUCCGUUGGAUUACCAGAUGUUCAUUCCGGAUAUGGAUUUGCCAUCGGCAAUAUGGCGGCGUUCGACAUGGAUGAUCCCAAAUCAAUAGUAUCCCCUGGAGGUGUAGGAUUUGACAUAAACUGUGGCGUAAGGCUCCUUAGGACUAAUUUAUUCGAAAAGGAUGUCCAGCCCAUAAAAGAACAACUAGCUCAAAGCAUGUUUGAUCACAUACCUGUUGGUGUCGGAUCAAAAGGAAUCAUACCCAUGAAUGCCAGAGAUUUGGAAGAGGCCUUAGAAAUGGGAAUGGAUUGGUCUCUUCGCGAAGGCUAUAUUUGGGCAGAGGAUAAAGAGCACUGCGAGGAAUACGGUCGCAUGCUCAAUGCAGAUCCUUCAAAAGUGUCGAUGAGAGCUAAAAAACGUGGUCUUCCGCAGUUGGGCACGUUAGGUGCAGGAAAUCAUUAUGCGGAAAUCCAAGUGGUUGAGGAAAUCUAUGAUAAAUGGGCUGCUAGCAAAAUGGGUAUUGAAGAUAAAGGGCAAGUUUGUGUCAUGAUUCAUUCUGGCAGCAGAGGAUUUGGACAUCAAGUUGCUACUGACGCUCUUGUGCAAAUGGAGAAGGCUAUGAAGCGUGAUAACAUUGAAACAAACGAUAGGCAACUGGCAUGUGCACAUAUCCAUUCAACUGAGGGACAAGACUAUUUAAAGUCAAUGGCUGCGGCAGCUAAUUUUGCUUGGGUUAAUCGUAGUUCUAUGACGUUUCUCAGUAGACAGGCGUUCGCAAAACAGUUUCACAUGUCCCCUGAUGACUUGGACAUGCAUGUGAUUUAUGAUGUAUCCCACAACAUUGCCAAAGUUGAAGAACACAUCGUCGACGGCAAACAGAAAACUUUACUAGUUCAUAGAAAGGGUUCAACGCGCGCUUUUCCACCUCACCAUCCGCUCAUUCCAGUUGAUUAUCAGUUGACGGGACAACCUGUGUUGAUCGGAGGUACCAUGGGGACGUGUAGUUAUGUUCUCACAGGAACUGAAGAAGGCAUGAAAGAAACUUUUGGUUCAACAUGUCACGGAGCUGGUCGGGCAUUAUCGCGUGCAAAGGCACGAAGAAACUUGGAUUAUAAAGAUGUAUUGGCCAAACUGGAACAAUCUGGGAUAUCGAUUAGGGUUGCAUCACCGAAUUUGGUCAUGGAGGAGGCUCCUGAAUCUUACAAAAAUGUGACUGACGUAGUUAACACAUGUCAUGCCGCUGGAAUAUCUCGGAAAUGUAUUAAACUGAGGCCUAUUGCUGUUAUAAAAGGGUAAAUUCACAG